AUGGCCGAUCUUGAUGUCGCCAGUCACUAUAACCUACCUUCCGAAUAUCCCGAAGAAUGGCCAGCUACCCUAGACGAGGACGAUGCGUCAGAUGAAGAGCCCCUGGAACGAACCAAAUCCCGACCCCGCAAGUCGCGCUACUUUGCUCUCGAACGCACCCCCAGCGACUGGCGGAGUGGCUACGGCUCGCAACGGCGCGGAAAGGAUAACAGAGAGAAUACACAGAAUGAUGAGCCGGAUCCACUGGGGGGAGGAGAUAGCGUCCUGCGUAUCUUGAAGCAAAAGGGUCUAGGUCUAGAGGAAGAGGGAGGUAAACGGUCACGGUUUCUGCUAUCGUCAACGUCCUUCUCCCCCGCGCUCUUCCUAUCCCAGGCCCACCAAUCGGACUCAAUCGAAUCGCUCAUGGCGGGGCUAAAUCACCUGUCUCAGUCUAUCGAUCAGAAGUCAGCGUCCCUAAAGGUUCUGGUGGAAGCAAACUUCGAGCGUUUCGUUCGCGCCAAGGCAACCAUCGAUAGUGUAUACACGGAAAUGAGAGAUCAAGGUGUGACAAAAGAAGCAAGUCUGGCUCCACGCAGAUCAGGACACUUCCGAAGCUUAUCGGGGCAACGGGGUCUAUCUCCGUCCCCUGCAACUGUAGGCCAGGCUCCCCCUCGCAAGACUGCCCUUGUCAAGGAGAGCGAUUACGGAUUGAAAGGCAUCCGAGCCCCCCUUGUGGAGGCGUCUGUCAAGGCCGAGGAGGUAUGGGGGCCUGCUUUAGGAGGGCGUGACCGGGAACAAAUACUGAAGUCAGUCGUGGAAACGAUGGAGAAACAGCGCGACGUAUACGAGAUUGGAAGCCACCUAUCCAAGUCAAUCCAGCAGCGUGACUACGACUCUGUUUUUGAAGAAUACACCAAGGCAAGGACUCUGGCAAACCGGGCGAAGAGUAUUGUGGAGCAGGCCUCCAGCUCGCGUCGGCAGCUAUCUGAUCUUGAAGCGCAUACCAUCUUGGCGAUGGGACGGAUGUGGAUGGACGUGGACGAGCAGAUCCAUGCUUUCAAGCGUGAGCUAUGGAGACGACUUGGCGACGCUCCCACCACUUCCACGACAAGUACCGUGUCGGGUCCAGUUGAGGAGCACAUGGAACUUAUUGGAGCGCUAUUGGAGUUGGGCGUCAAUGAUAAUCCCAUUUGGGUUUGGCUUCACAGCCGCUACGAAUUUCUCAAGACUAGGAUCACUUCAUUCUGUGACCGCUGCAAGGUGGAAAUUGAGAUUCUAAGACGCCGGCUUGCAGGCGGGGAGAAACCCACACCUCAAACCGUAGCAUCUUACCUUCGCCUGGCACCUCGUGACGGCUCCGCGGAAAGCCCUGCAAACCUCGAUACAGACCACGUCAUCGAGCUUUGGGAUUGCAUUCAGGCGUUUCUCACCCGGCUCCUCUCGUCGCAAGGUGGCUUACUGGGCGAGGUCCUGGACCUCUGGGAAGUUGCGCAUGCAUUCAUUGACGGUAGCCGCCAACGACUUCUUCCAGUUGGCUUUGAAGGCGAAAGCCGGAAGCAUCACCGCCUUACCCCUGCGAAUGUAGAGGAGCUCGAGAAGGGCGUUGUGGAACUUGUCAACUUGAUCCGAGAUAAUGUUCUUGCACUCUUCAAUGAUCCCCCAACUGAGGAUAUCUCUCUCCUAUCUUCUCCUGUCCCACAAAGUCCAACAAGCCCAGCAUCCCAUGGAGUCACGCCGACUGAGUCCCGAUUCAAAUUGGACCCGAAGAAUCUUCCCAUACCUGCCCCUCAGCGUGGAGAGCAUUGGGAGGGCUGUGCCUUCUGGCCACCUUUCUCUAACUCCCUUAGUGGUGUUCACUACCUGAGUAAAUUCCUUAUCAUUAUUGGUACCGCCGCGAGUGAGAUGGCAGCUUUGCGCCCGGUAACCCAUAGCGGUUCAACCCAUGAUCUCCUUAAAAACCUCGUGAGUGUCGCCCGGGAUAAAUCUGCCCGUGUCGCAUGCGCCGCCUGGAGUAAGGAUGCGGAGUCUUGCAAGAUGCUGGAAGACUGGACGAGGGAUUCUGAAAAGCGUGACUUAACCAAGAUGCCUGGCUUGUUUGUGGGCUUUGAGAGUGCCAUCUUAAGUGGAAUGCAGAAGAUUUUGUACAUCUCUGAAGCCAUGAGCAAAUCUGGGACAGUUGAUGUCGUCACCCAGCCACCUGCGAAACUGCUCCAGAUGGUUCGCACACAGUUUGUCUCCAGUGUCUACAAGGCUCUCAGUGGAUUAGUGGAGAAUGCAGAGCGAGUCACGGCCUCAGAUGAAGAAAAUGAAUGGGUCAUUAGCCGGCCAGUCAUGACAAGUCAGGCCCUUGAUGCCACUUUGUCUGUGCUCGCAGCCGACUCUGUGGACUCGCAAAACCGGGUAGGUCCCUUUACUCCCAGAUCGCUUCUAUCAGUCACUAACCAUAACCAGAAUGUGCGGAUUCUCCUGACACUGUCCAACCUCAAGGCCCUUCAGUCCGAAUAUGUGCCGCAGUUGAUUUCCAACUUUGAGACCUGCUUUUCCGUCAAAUUGACGGAAGAAGGCAAGACGGUUCGGGACGUCCUGAAGCAGAUCGAAGAUCGACUGUUUGUGUCCUAUACCAGUCCGACCCUCUCUCUGUUGAAGAAGACCAUCUCCAGCGGUAUCGAGUCCCCAGAUUGGGUGCCCAAGACCGAUCGACCUGACCAGGUUCGCCCUUACGUCUACAAUACCCUGUUGACCCUGGUCCUGGUACACACCGAGAUCUCCACUACUGUACCAUCUACUGUUUCCGCAGGUGCUAGCCGUUCAUCGCCAAAUACCCCAUCGUCACUGCUCACCACCGUACUCACCCAUCUACUGGGACAAAUAUCGACGGCUUUACUCACAUCCUUCCGUUCUCGAUCCAGCUUCUCGCUUGCUGCUCUCAUGCAAGCCACUCUAGAUACUGAGUUUAUUGCACAGACCCUUUCUCAGUACUCGACCGAGGAGGCAUCUGGUAUUCAGAGUCAGAUCUACGUGGAAUUGGAUCGUCGCACGACGAAUGAAGCUCGCACCAAAUUGCAGGCCGACCUGGGCGAGAUGAGAAACGUAUUAAAACGACUGAGAGACCGGACGAAGGGCGAGUUUGCCUGUUUCCGCAAGCCUCGUACCGGAACUAAGAAUCCUUCCGCAUAA